AUGAACCAACUUUUGCAGCACAUGGUAGCAAAUGGGUUCGAAGUAACUGACGAGAAGAACCAAUUGCUUAUAACAAAUAUUUGGCUCAAAUUGGAGUGGAACGACAUGAAUUUGCGUUGGAACUCAAGCGAAUAUGGUGGCGUGAGAGAUCUUCGAAUUCCUCCACACAGACUGUGGAAGCCCGAUGUGCUCAUGUACAACAGUGCGGACGAAGGCUUCGAUGGCACCUACGCGACCAACGUUGUGGUAAGGAAUAAUGGCUCGUGUCUUUAUGUGCCGCCCGGUAUUUUCAAAUCCACCUGUAAAAUCGACAUCACAUGGUUUCCAUUCGAUGAUCAACGCUGUGAGAUGAAAUUCGGUUCAUGGACAUAUGAUGGCUUUCAGCUGGACUUGCAGCUGCAAGACGAGGCCGGUGGUGACAUUUCAAGUUUCAUAACGAACGGCGAAUGGGAUCUGCUAGGCGUGCCCGGUAAACGAAAUGAAAUCUACUAUAAUUGCUGCCCAGAACCUUAUAUUGACAUAACGUUCGCCAUUUUAAUACGACGGAAAACUUUGUACUAUUUUUUUAACCUAAUUGUGCCGUGCGUACUGAUAGCCUCAAUGGCACUGCUAGGCUUCACACUGCCCCCCGAUUCUGGUGAGAAGCUCUCGCUAGGAGUUACAAUUCUACUAUCUACUGUCUUCCUCAACAUGGUGGCCGAAACGAUGCCAGCGACCUUAGAUGCAGUGCCGCUCCUAGGAGUUACAAUUCUACUAUCGCUAACUGUCUUCCUCAACAUGGUGGCCGAAACGAUGCCAGCGACCUCAGAUGCAGUGCCGCUCCUAGGAACUUAUUUCAAUUGCAUUAUGUUUAUGGUGGCCUCAUCAGUUGUGUCAACCAUACUUAUCCUCAAUUAUCAUCAUAGAAAUCCAGAUACGCAUGAAAUGAGUGAAUGGAUAAGAGUAAUAUUCCUUUAUUGGUUACCUUGCAUACUGCGAAUGCAAAGGCCCGGACAAGUCGGUUACGAAUGCCCACCGCCGCCGUCGUCAUCGAGUUCAUCCACCGCCGGCGAUAAGAAGCAUCAAUUGCAGAAUGUCGAACUGAAGGAAAG